ACGUCCCCGAGAGUAUUUCUGGUUGCCGAUUUCCUCAAACCCAGAUGAGUGUGAAUAUUUGAUCGAGUUUUCUAAAGCGAAAAUGGGGAGAUCUACAAUAGCUGAAGCAGGUAAUGAGGCUAAGAAUGGAGUUGGAUCUGCCAGGACAAGCAGUACUGCAUGGCUAUCCAAGACCGCAGACCCUCUCGUUGCAAAGAUCAGGACCAGGGUGGCGGAGCUGGUGAAACUGCCGAUGGAGCUGGCUGAAGACAUGCAGGUCUUGCACUACUCGAAGAACCAACACUAUUGGGCCCAUCAUGACUUCUUCGAUCCCAACAUCUACAGAGGGUUCGUGACUUCACCCGGACAGAACAGAUUCAUCACUGUCUUCUUCUACCUCUCCGAUGUGGAGGAGGGCGGGGAGACUGUGUUCCCCUUUGCCAACGGCGAUGACCGACGGGUCACGGACUUCGCCGAUUGCUCCCGAGGACUCAAGGUGAAGCCCAAGGCCGGGAAUGCCAUCAUAUUCUACAGUAUGCUGGCGAAGCGACAGCAGGAGAUUUGUCCCCCUGAUGACCUUGGAUGCAACCUGGACGUACGAAGCCUGCAUGGAGGGUGUGACGUCAUCAAGGGCGACAAAUGGGCUGCUAACUACUGGAUUGCGAAUAAGAAGUGAGGAGAUAGACUGUAACGUUAACCUUAGCCCCCCUAAGACAAGAAGAUUCAAGCCUUUG